AUGAUGUUACACAAUCAAUGCUACAGAAGUUCAAUUGAGUUGCAGAAUACAAGAAGACCUCCUUGCAUCAAUCAACAUUUGAAGGCUGCAUUCAGUCAAAUGGCAGGGAGCUGGGAUGAAAGUCAUGAACUUGGUAGCCAAUCAGAUGAUAGCUUCCAAUACGAAAGACAACACAUAGAGCCAAUUUAUGAUGCAUUCAUAUGCCCUCUUACAAAACAAAUUAUGAGAGACCCUGUAACCCUAGAAAAUGGACAAACAUUCGAACGUGAAGCCAUUGAAAAUUGGUUCAACGAAUGUAAAGAAAACAACAGAAAACUCAUCUGCCCCUUAACAUUAAAAGAACUAAAAACAACCGAUAUGAAUCCAAGUAUUGCUUUGAGGAACACAAUUGAAGAAUGGAAUGCUAGAAACGAAGCUGUCCAGCUGGACAUGGCCCGCAAAUCUUUAAACAUCGGUUGUCCCGAGACUGAUAUUUUGCGUGCUUUGAGAUUUGUUCAAGAUCUUUGCAAAAGGAAUCUUUCAAAUAAGCAUAUAAUUCGUAAUGCUGAUUUGAUUCCAAUGAUUGUUGAUAUGUUGAAGAGUAGUAGUCGAAGAGUGAGGUGUACAACUUUGAAGACUCUUCAUGUUGUGGUGGAGGAUGAUGAUGAUAAUAAGGAAAUAAUGGCGGAAGGAGACAACGUGAGGACAAUAGUGAAGUUUUUGUCUCAUGAACAAUCUAAAGAGAGAGAAGAAGCUGUAUCUUUGCUCUUUGAGCUUUCAAAAUCUGAAGCUAUGGUUGAAAAGAUCGGAUCUGUUAAUGGAGCAAUCUUGAUAUUAGUUGGAAUGACAAGUAGUAACUCUGAAAAUGUGUCAACAGUUGAGAAAGCGGAUAAAAUUCUUGAAAAUUUGGAGAAUAACGAGAAUAAUGUGAGACAAAUGGCGGAAAAUGGUAGAUUGCAACCUCUUUUGACACUUCUUCUAGAAGGUUCACCAGAACUCAAACUCUCCAUGGCGUCAUACCUCGGUGAGCUGGCAUUAAGCAACGAUGUAAAAGUCUACGUGGCAACAUCCGUGGGGCCCGCAUUAAUCAACCUAAUGAAAACCACCAACAUCCAAUCACGAGAAGCCGCCUUAAAAGCCUUAAACCAAGUCUCCUCAUGCGAACCAAGUGCCAAAAUCUUAGUUGACCAAGGCAUCCUUUCGCCAUUAGUCCAACACCUUUUCACAAGUCAAAGUCAACUCCCGAUGCGCCUCAAAGAAAUCUCCGCCACAAUUCUUGCCAACAUCGUAGCCUCCGAUUCCGACUUCGAUUCCAUUCCCGUGGGCCCCAACCACCAAACUUUAGUCUCCGAAGACAUAAUCCAUAACCUCCUCCACCUCAUCAGCAACACGGGCCCCGCUAUCGAAUGCAAACUUUUACACGUCCUCGUGGGCCUCACAAACUCACCCGUUACUUUGAUAAGUGUUGUGUCAGCAAUCAAAAGCUCGGGUGCUAUUAAUAGUUUAGUGCAAUUCAUUGAGGCCCCACAACAAGAUCUUCGUUUAGCUUCGAUUAAACUUUUACAUAAUUUGUCCCCGAACAUGGGACAAGAGUUGGCGAGUUCGUUACGUGGGGCUGCCGGUCAACUCGGUGGGUUAAUCAAAGUGAUUUCAGAAAACAUUGCGAGCACCGAGGAACAAGCGGCGGCUGUCGGGUUGUUGGCGGACCUUCCGGAACGUGAUAUGGGACUUACAAGACAAAUGUUGGAUGAAGGCGCGUUUGAAAUGGUAGUUUCUAGAAUCAAAAUGAUAAGACAAGGGGAACCCAGAAGAUCCCGUUUUGUAACACCGUAUUUAGAAGGACUUGUGAGGGUCCUUUCGAGGUUGACUUUUGUGUUGACCGAGGAACCGAAGGCUGUUUCGUUAUGUCGUGAACAUGAUCUCGCGGGGUUGUUUGUUGACUUACUUCAAGUCAACGGGCUUGAUAACGUGCAAAUGGUUUCAGCUUUUUCUUUAGAGAAUUUAUCUCAAGAAUCGAAGAAUUUGACUCAACUCCCUGAGAUUCCGCCACCUGGCUAUUGUGGGGUGAUGUUUCCUUGUUUUAGCAAACAACCGGUGAUGACGGGGCUAUGUAGGGUCCACCGUGGGGCGUGUUCUAGAAGGGAUACUUUUUGUCUUCUAGAAGGUCCCGGAUUAGCUAGACUUGUGGCGCUUUUGGAUCAUACGAAUGAGUUAGUGAUUGAAGCUGCAUUGGCUGCUUUAUCAACUUUGUUGGAUGAUGGAGUGAAUAUAGAACAAGGGGUUGCUGCUUUAUGUGAGUGUGAAGGGAUUAAGCCGAUUUUGGAUGUUUUAGUUGAAAAAAAGACUGAUAAUUUAUGGAGGCGAGCUGUUUGGGUUGUUGAAAGGCUUUUAAGGACUGAAGAUAUCGCGUAUGAAGUUUCGGGUGAUCCGAAUGUUAGUACAGCUCUUGUCCAGGCGUUCCAGCAUGGCGAUUAUCGGACACGUCAGAUUGCUGAGCGGGCGUUGAAACAUGUUGACAAGAUUCCAAACUUCUCGGGGAUCUUUCCCAACACAUAAUGGAAGAUUCUAGAAACAAUUGUCGAUGUUGUUGUAUGAUAUGUGGUUUUGUGUUAUGUUUUAUUUUAUUUUUUUGUUUCUUCAUAUUGUUUUCGUUAUACACUGUUGGUGUGAAGGGAUUUUGACAUUAAUGGCUUUUAGCCGUUUUUGUGAUUUCUUUUACGUUGGAUAGUGUAUAUAGAAAACAGAUAUGAUGUUUUUUUUUCAUUAGAUGUGUAUAAUUGAUUUUUUGCUUUGUUGUUGAAUCGAGGAUAUGUUGGGUGUAAAAUUGUGCAGUUGUUUUGUUGUCUUUACUUAAAAGAAUUUGUUGAGGAAGUUGAAGGGUGUAUGUCGUUUGAGUUGUUGAAUUGUAACAUAAAAAAAAUGUAAUUUAAGUUGAUUUUAUUUUAGUGAAUGUGUUUCCAAACUCAACAAGACAACAAUGAACGAAUUAUGAUAUAAUAUAUGGG